CCAAUUCAAUAAUAUGCUAUAUAACAUUUCGAAAAAUUAACUCGUAUUACAAUUAUGACACAGGAGGCUGAUAAUUAUGUGUUCUCCAAUUGUGCCGAGCAGGUGGCCGAGUGUGUGGAGCGACUUGUGCGACAAACCAACGAAGAUUUGAGGAACUUCCGAGAGGAGCAAAGUGGUCUUCGAGCACAUAUCUCUUCCAUACUGGAUGAAAAUCGCAAUCUGAGCACUCAACUGGGCAAAUACACCAGAAUGCCUUACGCCUCGGACAUGGAAGAGCUGCAGCAGCAGCUCCGUUUAUCCAACGAUGCGCUGGUCCAGGCCAAGGCACAGAUUGAUGCACUCAAAAAGGAUCGACAUUGCCUCAACCAGAUCAAUGAAUGCUCACAGCGCACCAUCAAGAACUUGGAGACUAAACUGCAGAAUUAUCGUCAGCAAUUAUCCAAAGGGGACAAGCAGCAAAUGUACGACAAGUCAAUUAAAAUGCUGGAGCAAAAGUUGGCUUUGCAACAGGAAGACAUACGCACACAGGCAAAUGUCAUCAAGGCGUUGCAUCAGCAUAAAGUGCGAGAUGGCGAGAGGAUUGAAACACUGCAAACUGAACUCACUAAGCGACGUCAAGACAACGAGAAUCGCGAAGAGAGCCAAGCCAAGAUGGCAACAAUGCAAAAGCAGCUAAAGGAACUUGACAGGGCAUUGAAAUAUACUCAAUCCUUGCUGGAGAAGAGCACAAAACGCGAGGAGACGGCCAUGCGCAAAGUGCAAGAAGCUCUUAGUAUUAACGAGGCUACCGAGCGUGAGAAGAUCGAGGCGGAAAGGUUAGCCGAAACCUACAAGGAGGAAGCUACUCAACUGGCCACCAAUAUUGGCAACGUUAUGGACGAAGCCGCCAAGCGUGUGGAUAACGAAGUCGAUCAGCUGCGCUCGAAGCUAUCGAAGAAGGAUAAAAUGAUACAAUCACUGCGCGAAAAGCUUAACCAUCAAAUUGCCGAGAACAAGUCCAUGAUGGAGUCUAUCGAAGCGCGCUACAAUCGCAUUAGUCUCAAGUAUGAAGAGACUCUAAAGCAAAAUGAGAAACUUGCAGCGCAUGUCGAGUCCUGCAACAAGCGUGUUACGGAAAUGGAACAAUACGCUCAGAAAGAACAUCACUUAACGAGCAAAAAGAACUACGAUCCUCAGCUUGAGGAUUACAUGCAGGCCAAUAAAAAACUUAAAUCACACUACAGAUAUCUGCUGCAUGAUUUGACAAACAGAUUCGAGGCGGAGUUCGAAAAUGUGCGCAAGGAAAACUGUGAUCUGAAGGCCGAAAAUGAGCUACUCAAAAGUGGCGCCGCUGGCGAUGGCAUUGGCAUAUUGAAAUAGUGAACAUAAAAACUUAUA